AAACAACCAAUCGCUUGUAGCCAGUGAGUGUCGUAGUUUACGUAAGACGCCUACUAUUAUGGCUAGUUGGCUACAUUGCAAAUUGACAGUUUGUGAAACUAGUGAUAUCAAGACGUACAUCGGCUUUAAAAAACGUCCUAAGAGGGCUGAAGUAAUGUAUCUAAGAUUUAUUAAAUGUCGGAAGCUCAAACCCGGUGCUCUUAAUUCUGCGGUGAGACAAUAUGCUUCAACGGGGACCUUCGACAUAACAGUUCCUCUCAACUUUUGGUGUGGAGACCGCGUGAGGAUCAGGGAUGCAUCGAACACUACACGAGUUUACGAGCCUGCCACUGGGAGGGUCCUAUGUGAACUGGAGCCUUGUGGUGCAGUGGAGGUGGACCAGGCUGUGAAGAACGCCCAGUCUGCCUUCCAGGAGUGGAGCCGAAUGUCAGGGAUGGAGAGAUCACGAGUCAUGAUUAAGGCUGCUCACAUCAUCGAGGAUAAGCGUGAGGAGAUAGCAGAGAUGGAGGUUGUAAACAACGGGAAGUCCAUCACAGAAGCCCGUCUGGAUGUGGACUCUGCCAGGCUGUGUAUAGAGUACUAUGCAGGGGUGGCCAGCACUCUGGCAGGUCAGCAUGUGCAGCUACCAGGGGGUUCUUUCGCCUACACACGGAGGGAGCCUUUGGGGGUCUGUGUUGGGAUUGGUGCUUGGAACUACCCCUUCCAGAUAGCAGCUUGGAAGUCCGCCCCAGCUCUGGCCUGUGGGAACUCCAUGGUGUUUAAACCCUCCCCGGUGACACCGGUUACAGCUGUGAUGCUGGCUGAGAUCUAUGCCAAGGCCGGGGCACCAGAGGGGCUGUUCAAUGUAGUGCAGGGCGGCCAGGAGACGGGCACCCUUCUCUGUCACCACCCCACUGUGGCAAAGAUAUCCUUUACUGGUAGUGUGCCCACAGGCAAGAAGAUUAUGGCGAUGGCAUCCAAAGGUGUGAAGCCAGUGACUCUGGAGCUGGGUGGGAAGUCUCCACUGGUCAUCUUUGAAGACAGCGACCUGUACAAUGCAGUGAAAGGGGCUCUCAUGGCUAACUUCCUGUCCCAAGGACAGGUGUGUAGCAACGGAACCAGAGUCUUCGUCCAGAGCCAGAUCCUACCUGAGUUCCUAGAGGAGGUUGUGAAGAGGACCAAGGCCAUUGAGAUAGGGGACCCUCUCUUAGAAAGCACCCGUAUGGGAGCACUGGUCAACCGGCCACACCUGGACAGAGUGCUAGGCUUCGUGGAUCAGGCCAGGAAAGAGGGCGCCACCGUGUUGUGUGGAGGCGAGCCAUUUGUUCCAGCAGAUCCUAAACUCAGGGGUGGAUACUUCAUGACCCCCUGUGUAUUGGGCGGUUGUAGGGAUGAGAUGACGUGUGUGAAGGAGGAGAUCUUUGGGCCUGUCAUGUCUGUGUUGUCCUUUGAGACUGAGGAGGAGGUGCUUCAGAGGGCCAAUGACACCACCCUAGGUCUGGCUGCCGGUGUCUUUACCAGGGAUGUAAGUCGAGCCCAUCGUGUGGUGGAGCAUCUGAACGCCGGCACAUGCUUCAUUAACAACUACAACAUCACUCCUGUGGAGGUGCCCUUUGGAGGGUACAAAAUGUCCGGCAUUGGGAGGGAGAACGGUCAGGUGACCAUAGAGUUCUACUCCCAACUGAAGACUGUCUUUGUUGAGAUGAGUGACGUGGACAGCCUCUUUUGAAGACAACCCCAAGGAAGUGAUGCUUCUAUUCCAGGAAGGGUAUAUGCUGGCUUGUAGUCAAAUAGCUGAACAGGUUCUAGAAAUGUUAAAACUUACUCUGGUAUUUGAAUGAAGGCUGUGAGUCAGAUUUUGUUAGCUAAGACUUCAACUCUGCUUUUUGAUGCAAAUUAUUAUAAGGGGAAUUUAAGAAAAUGACCAACUGUGCCAAACUGAAUCGUCAUGAAGGUGCCUUAAUAUUGUAGCCAGUGAUUUGUACAUCUAAGUCAAAUCUUAGGUAGCUGCUCAAAUCUAUCCACCAAGUGGUGGAGAGCCAGGGAACUUGGCAGCAAGUGAUUAACAGUAUUCCUGACGGAAGCAUCAUUACUUAAUAGCUUUUUUAUGAAAUUGUACAGUAUUUGAUACAAAUGAUAUACCACAUACAAAAUA